AUGGCCGACAGCGUGCCUGAACAGCCGACGCAAGCUUCGGCGGCCAACAGCCAGCCCGAGAUUGCCGGUCCUACCGUCGGCGAGACGGCUGCCAAAGACCCAACGGAAAAGACCGACACGGCUGGCAAGCCCGAGAAGCACGAUGCGUCCAGCGCCGAGAAACCAGCCGCCGGCGAGGACACCACUGCAGCUCCUGGUCCUGCCGUGAAUGACACCAAGAGUGCCGAGCUGCACGACAGCACGACGCACACCAAAGGUAUUGCUUGA